AAUCUCCUCUCAACGGAAAAGUUGGGGAGUAGAAAAACUAUUUGGUUUGAUCUCAGAUAGGAAGUGGUGGUGAGACGUUAGGGGGGCAGAGAACGGAGAUAGAGAAAGCGUUUCGAUUAACAACGGUUCGAUUUGUUUGAUUCGAGGGAAAGUCGUCGGAAUAUUCGGUGUGUGGUGACCGGAAUUCACCGCGAUCUCGCCGAAGAGGUGUGCGUUCGCCGGAAUCUUGAUUGAUCUCAGCGGUUGAAUCUCUUUGCGUGGGCGAAGAUGGUGAACUCUAUGGUGGAGAGAGCCACGAGCGACAUGUUGAUCGGUCCUGAUUGGGCCAUGAACAUCGAGAUCUGCGACAUGCUCAAUCACGACCCCGGGUACUCGUCGCACUAGAAUUUCAAUCUUCCUUCCCUUUUUGAGUCGACGUUUAUGAUCUCCUGCUCGAUUCCUUGAGGAUAGAAUGCCAUCUUUAAUGUCAGAUUAGAGUGUUUCUUCUUGCUUUAUCUUUGAUUUCCUUUCCGUUUAAUUUAUUGAUUAUGCAACAAGAAAUCUAUUAUUGAAGGAACGAUUUUCUCUGUAUGUUAAGCAGUUUCAGGCAAGCAAAGGAUGUCGUUAAAGGCAUAAAAAAGCGGCUUGGAAGUAAGAAUUCCAAAGUUCAGCUACUUGCACUGACACUAUUAGAGACUAUUGUAAAGAACUGUGGGGACAUUGUCCAUAUGCAUGUAGCAGAGAGAGAUAUUCUUCACGAGAUGGUGAGAAUAGUCAAGAAAAAGCCCGACUUUCAUGUCAAAGAGAAGAUAUUAAUUCUAAUAGACACUUGGCAAGAAGCUUUUGGGGGACCAAGGGCAAGAUAUCCACAAUAUUAUACCGCAUACCAGGAGUUGUUGCGAGCAGGGGCAGUUUUCCCACAGAGAUCUGAGAGCUCUGCACCUGUGUUCACACCUCCGCAAACACACCCUUUAAGCUCUUAUCCCCCAAAUGUUCGCAAUCCUGAUAAUCGGCAGGAGAUAGGUGAAUCUUCUGCAGAGGCUGAGUUCCCAACCUUGAGCUUGACAGAAAUUCAGAAUGCCAGAGGCAUUAUGGAUGUCCUCGCCGAAAUGCUUAAUGCAUUGGAUCCUAGCAAUAAAGAGGGACUUAGGCAGGAAGUUAUUGUUGACUUAGUGGAGCAGUGCCGUACAUAUAAACAAAGAGUGGUACACCUUGUCAAUUCGACUUCGGAUGAGUCACUGCUAUGUCAUGGUUUGACAUUGAAUGAUGACUUGCAGCGUGUACUUGCAAAGCAUGAAUCUAUAGCUUCUGGAACUUCUGUUAAAACUGAGAAACCUAAGUCUGAACCUACUGCAGCACAAGCAAUUGUAAAUGUUGAUGCUCCCUUAGUUGAUACUGGAGAUAACAGUAAAAAGUCUAAUGGAAGAGCAACAUCAAGCACUGAUGCAGGAUCUCAGCCACUGAAUCAGUUACUGCUUCCUGCACCUCCUGCAACUAAUGGCCCUACUCCUACACCAGCACUCAAUCCCAAAAUAGACCUGCUGAGUGGUGAUGACUACAGUUCACCUAAGGCAGACAAUUUGCUGGCCCUUGUUCCUGUAGCAGAGUUGCAAAGCACACAAGCAACCCCUCCUUCGGCGCAGAACAAUGCUCUUGUUCUGUUUGACAUGUUCUCUGAUAGCAAUAACACUUCAAAUUCUGUCAACCACCAGUCACCCAGUUUCUCUGGACAACCCAAUGCUUUGAAUCCACAAUUUCAGCAGCAGAACUUUCAAACUCAAGAAGCUGGAUUUUAUUCAAAUGGAACUGCUCCAAAUAUGGGAUCUCCUCGGUAUGAGCAGUCAUAUGCACAAGGCUAUGGUCCUGCCUGGAAUGGUCAGCUGACCCAGCAGCAGCAGCCUCAGUCACCAGUUUAUGGUUCUCAGAGCAGUGGAUCACUACCCCCACCUCCUUGGGAAGCACAGCCGGCAGACUACAACCCAGUGUCUAGCCCCACUUCAGGUGCUCAGUACACUCCGCCAAUGCAACUUACCACUCAAGUAGUUGUUACACAUUCUCAGCCUCAGGGACUUCAACCAAUAGGAAAUGACCAAGUGGUGGGUGUGGGUAUGUAUAUUCAGCCAAUUACAGGUGGUCAGUUGCCAGGAAUCAAUAACCAUGCUGUUCAGGGCAACCAUAUGUUUGGUAUGCAUCCCCAACAAUUCCAGGGAGCACCGUAUAUGGGAAUGCUUCCACAGCAGAUGCUAGCUGGUCAGAUGCCGUCCAUGUAUCCUCAACAAAUGUCUUCUAUGUAUCCCCAGCAGAUGUCUUCUAUGUAUCCUCAACAAAUGUAUGGCAACCAAAUGGCAGCUUAUGGAUAUGGUCAAGGUCAGCAACAUGGAGUGCAGUAUCUUGACCAGCGAAUGCAUGGGCUGUCUCUCAGAGAUAACAAUGGAUUGAGAAAUUCUUCAUACCCGGUUUCAACACCAUCUUACGUUCCACCCAGCAAGCCUCCGAAACCUGAGGAUAAAUUAUUUGGCGAUCUUGUUGAUAUUGCAAAAUUCAAGCCUGGAAAACCCACUUCUGGAAGAGCUGGUAGUAUGUGAAACUGCACUUUGGUUUUCGGAUUUUAUUUUAUUUUUUGUUUUAUAUUUUUUUUGUUUGCUAACUCAUUUUCUUAUCUUUCAUUUUUCAUUUUCUAAUUUUUUAUAUUAUAUUAUAUUAUAUAUAUAUAUAUAUAUAUAUAUAUAUAUAUAUUCUUCUUUGCCAGUCUAGUUAGCCUCAUAGUUGUGCUUCAUGUCUUUUGGCAUUGGAAUCAUGUAUAUUCAAUGUAGAGAAAAUCGGAAGAUCAAUUGCUUUGGAUUGCUCAUUGUUUAUGGGAUUUGACAUUUUUCAGUUACUAGGAAGGCUUUGGAAAAAAAAAAAAAAUCAAAAUUUGAU